CUCAGCAUGGGCCCGGCUGCCCGGCUGCUGCUGCCUCUGGCGCUUUGCGUGGGGCUCGGCGAGCUCGUGCUUUCCUCGGGGGCUUCGGGCGUGCGCAGGCGAGGGCCCACGGUGACGGCCAAGGUCUUCUUUGACGUGAGGAUCGGAGAUGAAGAUGUUGGCAGAAUCGUGAUCGGCCUUUUUGGAAAAGUCGUGCCCAAGACAGUGGAGAAUUUCAUCGCGUUAGCCACGGGAGAGAAAGGCUUUGGCUACAAGGGAAGCAGCUUUCACCGCGUCAUCAAGGACUUCAUGAUCCAAGGAGGAGACUUCACGGCGGGGGACGGCACUGGCGGUAUAAGCAUCUAUGGUGAGACAUUCCCAGACGAGAACUUCAAGCUGAAACACUACGGCAUUGGCUGGGUCAGCAUGGCCAACGCUGGGCCCGACACCAAUGGCUCCCAGUUCUUCAUCACUCUGACCAAGCCCACGUGGUUGGAUGGCAAGCAUGUGGUCUUCGGCAAAGUCCUCGAUGGGAUGACGGUGGUACACUCCAUCGAGCUGCAAGCCACCGACAGCCACGACCGUCCACUCACCAACUGCUCCAUAGUCAACAGUGGCAAGAUAGACGUGAAGACGCCCUUCGUGGUCGAGGUGGCGGACUGGGGACACGCCUGAGUGAGGACGGGGAACACGCUGUGGCAGGGACGUGUGCACGUCUCUCUGUGGAUUCUGCAAGGUCACUGUUUUGCCUUUUGCUUUUGUUUUUACUUUGAUUUCCCCACACCCCAGCUCACAGGAAAGAUAUAUAUAUAAAAACAAAGUUCAGCCACUGAGUAUUUAGUUGACAUGAGCUUUGGUCAGUCACCUGUGAAGGCACUUUAAUCUUAAAAGACCAUAUACCCUUGCUCUGACGGUGCUAUUUUUAAAUGAAUCAGAAAAUACGUAUUGGCUAUUUCUUUUUUUGCCCUCCCUAAAGUCUUCAUCAUCUCUGUGUUGGGCAAUGCUACAGAUUAGUCUUAAAAGCAGGCCAUGAAGUUUUAAUAUUUUAUAUUCAAACACUUUUUGGGUAAAGGGCAUUGUUUCUUGUAACUUGAUAUAUGCCAUGUGGAAUUUGACUUGAUAAAUGGUGGUUUUGGGUUCUCUGAAAUAAACACUUUUUUGUAUGAUG